AUUGUAUAGUAACAUCUCCGAUUUUUAACAAGCCUUAAUUGAAUCUAAUCUGAAUUUCAAACCAAAUAAAUUGUUAGUCUUGAUCGAUGGCAUCAAGAUCGCUUUGAAACAACUGCGAAUCAAAAAUCAGUGAAUUACAAAAUGACCAGCACCUUCACCUGUUACAUAUUUUUUUUGCUCACAGUAACCAACUGUUUGUCCGAAUAUUCUGAUGAGGAAUGCAGCGAGGCUGGUUUCAACAAAGAUAACUUAGUUUGUUCAACGUGUAAAUUAUUCCCAAAAUUUAAUUUGCCGGAAUUUUAUGAUAAUUGCACUAAAUGCUGCAUGGAAGAUGAAGAUUAUACUGUAUAUGCCAAAGCAAUACUUGAAAUGUGCAAUUGUAAAUUUGGAGCUUACCCGCAAAUUCAAGCUUUCAUUCAAAGUGAUCGACCAAAAAAAUACAAAAACUUGCAAAUAAAACAUGUUAAUGGACUGGAUCCAAUUAUCAAAUUGAAAAAUGAAGAGGGUAAAGUGGUUAAUACGCUAGACAUUACCAAAUGGACUACUGAUAAUGUUGUUGAAUUUUUGGAUUUGCAUUUAUUGGGGAACAUUCAAAAGGACGAAUUGUAACAGCAGUAACUACUGCCCUCAAAUCUUGCAAAACUGUUGUACCAAAUGUCAUUGUAAAUUUAUCAUUUUCGUCUUAUAUUAUACAUAUAAUGUAUGCAUGUAUUCCAUGUACAUAUCAAAAUAUGCAAUGUGCUUUUAAAUUGACUAAAUCCGCACUGUUGACGUUUAAUGAUGAGGGAAUGGAAUCCAGGGGUAGAUUUAGUACGAAUCUUUUUUCUGGAUUCUUUGUUAAUAUACUAUAUGAUUAAAUUUAUUCAAA